AUGGACGGCGCUGCUGGACGAGACCAGCCUGAGGGAGUGAGGGGCAUCUUCGCCUCGCUGGACACGAAUUCACUGGGCUACCUGGUACAGGACGAUCUGGCUAUCAUGUGCGAGCAGAUGCAGGUCGAUCCGGGCCAGGUGGAGUUUCUCAUGCAGCUGCUGGACCGCGACGGGGACGGCCAGCCACCCGCACUAGUACCAAGUACAAGUAUUACAUUCACUGGGGGCAGGGGUCUGUCAGCAAAGCUGGACGAAACAGAGUGUUUUGGCGUCUACGAUGAUCGACUGUACAUGGUGAAAAGCAACAGCUCCCCGAUGUCCGUUCCGCGAGACCUCUUCAACAUUCUGCGCCACUGGGGGUUUGACCCGUUCAUGAUCGACUCUAUGGUCGCUUCGCUUCUGAAUGACUUAGAUCGCUUGUCCGGGCGCAGGAUGCGGGAUUCCCUUUCGGACGGUCGACGAGCUGUUCGACGCGGCCACACCGGACGGCACGUUUCGGCACAUGCGGCGCUCAGACGCCGCGUGGUACACGCGCAACCUGUGGGGCCUGUCGGCUUUGCGAACGUCAACUACAACCAGGACGGCGACACGCUGAACACGUUUGUCAUGGCCGUGAUCCUGGCCGGUGUGCAGGCCGUGACCCUGGCCGGUGUGCAGGACGGUUUCUGGGCGGUGGAGGGCGGUAACCAGGAGGUGUGUAGAGGACUGCUUGACAAUGCUGACGUUGCACUGCGUCACCAGGCGGUCACCGCAGUCCAGCGGCUUGACCAGGCGUCGCCGUUCGCCGAGUUCCAGGUGAGCGCUGGCUCUGGCGAGGCGGACGUGUUUGAUGCCGUUGUCAUCCCAACGCCAUUGCAGCACUCCGGAAUCGAGCUGAACGGCUUUCCGCACAGUGCGAGCACAAUGCACCGCGGCGAGUACCAACGCACGGUGGUUACAUCAACCAUACACAAAGAACCGGCGGAGAAUGAGUCCGUGUGGAAGAUCUUCUCACCAGAGCCGUUGGACAAUGUCACUCUGGACAAGCUGUUUCGUGCACGACAGCAUGUCACCGUGCGAGAGUUUGCCGCCUUUCCCAAGUACAGCAGCGCACCGGCCGAGCUGCCGUCGUUCGUUCUCGAUCAGGCCGUCUUCUACACGAGCCUAAUCGAGUGGGCGGCAAGUGCCAUGGAUAUGAGCUCCAUAUCCGGCCGCAACGCCGCGCUCCUGGCCAACGCGGCCCUCUCACGGCACAGCUGCUUCGAAAGUUGA